AAACAUAUUUGUUUGAACGUGUUCUAGCAAAAUUUUAUCAGAUCUUAUCAUCAAUAUGACAUCAGAAGAUAUCUAUUUCAUCUGAACCAUAAUUCCAUGUCAUAGAUGUCUCAGCAUUUGUUAGUGGAAGGAUCAAUUGAAAAUAAUUAGUGUGGAAAAAUGAUGUUUCCAAGUGCCGAAGUUCUACUUUGCCUAAUUGUUUUGUUAACUGGAUAUCAAUCGGUUGAUUCAGAAAUUACAAGAUCAAUCAUCCUCUCUAACCCAACUUUGUGUAAGACCUGUGAAAAGCAGGCGUUGGUCGACUUUGUACCGUUUACAAUUGAGUCUUGCCCGUGUCCCGCGACAGAAACCGAGGCGGACACAGUAUCAGUCACCCUGGCACUCAACAAGAGCAACAAGGACAAAUGUAGCGUGUGUCAGGCCAGAGAGGAGGAGAGGCUGAGCUACGGCGCGUGUCGACCACCCAUACAAAUCGCGUCUACAGUCGAUGCUCGCAUUCAGGAAGGAGGUCUGCAUGCUCUCAACAAUAAAGUGGUACGCCUUGACGGCUCCACGUUCACACCGUCUUAUCAACAGACCGGUUUCUUUGCGGAGAGGGCUGUUUGUCCUCACCUGCGUCAGUGCACAGCCAACGACAUCGAUCAACAAACAGACUGUCAAUGAUCUACUAAUCAACAUAUUAUAUUUUGAACUAAUAGCUAUCUAUUGCAUAACCAAUGUUUGAAAUGUUAACAGAUUAACUGCAACAUGUUGAAUUUGUUCUAGAGGGCAUAAGACUUAUAUAUUGGGAUUGCAAUUGAGCCAACCCAGGUGACAUUUUAAAAAAUAAAAGAUAAAGAUGAAGAUUAUUGUUUUAUAGAAUAAAUUUAAUGGUUUUUUUGAAAAA